UGAUCUCAGUUAGCUCAUUGAAAUUUGAGAUCAAGUCAAAGCACCCCACCCGCCAAACUAACUAGUCUCUGCAAUUCCAUUUUACAAUCUUUUCUUUUCCGUUUCAUAUUUUGAAGACUUCCAUCCCUCUGCUGCUGUGAUUGUUACCUGAAAUUGAGAUGAAAAAUGGAGAAUAUGCCUCCACCUGAACAAGUUGGUGCAUUCUUCGCUCCACAGUAUUACGGACUUCUUUCAAAAGAACCCAAUUGCAUGCACCAUUUCUACGCCGAACACAGCACCAUGAUUCUUGUUAAUGCAGAUUCCAUUACAACCGCUUCCGAACUUGAUCAAAUUCAUACUCUUAUAAUGUCACUCAAUUUCGUUACAAUAGACAUCAGUUCAAUUAAAUCUCUUGAAUGUUGGGGUGGAGGUGUGCUUUUAGUCGUCUCAGGAUCUGUCAAAAUCAAAGAUGCCACCCAAUGGCGCAAAUUUAUUCACACCAUGUAUCUUGCUCCUCAAGGAGACGGUUAUUUUGUAAUGAAUGAUAUUCUUCAUCUAAUUGAUGAUCAUCAUGUGACAAAUCAUACAAACCUUGUAGUUCCGGUUUCAUCCGAAGAUAUCGAUCCUCGAUUUCAUUCAGAGCAUCCACCACCCGCUACAGACACUGGUAAUUUGGAUGAAUCAGUAGUUAAAAAAAUUGAUGACUUAAUGUCCCUUAUGGUGAAUCACUUUGAUUUUCCAUCACUGCCACGACCACGAUCACGAUCACUUUUUGAUCUUCAAACCCCACCUACGGUCAGUGAACCUCUACCUACACAUGAGGAGGCAUCUUCAUCAAAUUCAUCAAGUGUUGCUAAUGCUGAUACAGUUCAUGAAAGUGUUGCUGCUACUAAGAUAGAGGAGACAUCUUCAUCAAAUUCAUCAAGUGUUGCUAAUGCUGAUACAGUCAAUGAAAACGUAGAUGCUACUAAGAUAGAACCUGUGGUUGUUCAAGAGGAACCUUCUCAGAUAUCUUACAAGUCUAUUUUAGUUUCACCUACAUCAGCAUCAACGCCGAGAGGCAGAGGCAAUAUUCCAAGGGGGCGUGGUUCUGAUGACAGUAAUAAUAAUAACAAAGGAAAGGGAAAAUCCGGAUACUAAUUGAUUGGGAGUAGUUCAGAAUUUGAAAAUGUCUCCAAAAAGAUUAAUGGAUCAAUCAAAAUUCGAGCUUAUAGAAAUGUAGUCUUAGUAUCUUUCGUGUUAUAGAAAUGACUUCUUUUAUAUGUUAAUAGGUCAGACCUUGUUUGCUUAUUUUGCAAGCAUAGAUCAAUUUGUUUUCCUUGAAUGGUUUCUAUUACACCAUUCAGGUUAAAAAAUUUGUGCAUGUAUGUAGUCAUAUACAAAGAAUUGUGAGGCUUUGUUUAAUUACAUAGUUGUUAGAAAAAGAUAAUUUUUGGGGAUAGAAAA